CGGCUAGUUACAGAUCAGACGAGGCAACGAGAAAGACAGAAAUGAAGUCCGAUUUCUCCAAUGUCAACAGUCUAUAUUCUAAGGCAGUGAAAUAUAUACAGAUAGUAAACGGGGUGAUAUAAAAUUUUCCUGCUGAUUUUUGUUGGAAGAUUUUUGUUUAACACACGGAUAACAUAUUCAUUUUUAAUAGACCAUCUGCCUACACACUCGAACGGGCUCACCGGCUUACAGGCAGCGUGCGUGGGUAACGUCUACCGUACGAUGGAUGGUAUUUUGUGUCACUGUUGAUCGGUGUGACUACCUCGAGUCACCGGGGACGAUUGAGUCACUGGAUUGUUUCACAUGAAGGUUAUUUCUCGAAACGUAACGUUAGUAGGCUAAUCAACUAGUCAUCGUACUGAACGGGCUUUCCUGUCAUCACCGGGUUAGCAUUGUGAAACCUUCGCUUAUUGUGGCCGAAUUCAUAUUGGAAUACUUUUUAACAGAACACUAUCUUGGAAAUCUCCUAGUCUUCACAGCUGAUGUCGACUGGACCAUUUAAACCUUUACUAAAUCAGAUUAUGAAGAUUCUGUCUCCCUUUGUCAAUGACGGGUAAAAUGGAAACCCCUUUCUACCACGAUGAGGCCCCAGGUGUUCAACACAAUUUGGGACAACACCAUGCAGAUUACGAACGCUACCAGGGGCACAAGAUGAUGAGUAAGAAGGUGGCACAUAACUUCUCAGGCGGUCCCCACGGCAGCUCUGGCCUGAAACUGUCCCAAGGUCAGCCGGGGAGCAACUGCAAUAUCAAUCCUAAUAAUCUGGGAGGGAUUAACAGCAACACGAACAGCUCGUUAAUGCCCAGCGGCUUGUCAGAUAUGAACCUUCUGAAGCUGGCCUCCCCUGACCUCGAGCACCUCAUCAUCCAGUCCAACCAGGGCCUGGUGACGACGUCUCCUGUGCCCAACCACAACGGAGGUAACCCCUUCAUGUACCGGAACAACGCGACUAACGAACAGGAAGGUUUUGCCGAUGGGUUCGUCAAAGCCCUGGCGGAUCUCCAUAAACAGAACCAGCUGGUUGGAGCCCCCAUGUCCCCCUCCUCCUCUGUACAAGGUCCGUACCAGAGGAACAUCAUGUCUGCAGUAGACCUUCCCAUCUAUACCAACCUCAGCAGCUACGACCCUAACCACCCCAACCACAUCUCAUCAUCCUACCCAGGCGGCCAGAUGCCCGGCAGCUACCCAGGCCACGGCCCCCACGGACCCGGAGGCCCAGGGUCCCACCAUCCCCACAACAGGGGCCUGGACGCCCCUCAGACUGUCCCAGAGGUCCCUCACCCUCCCGGGGACCCCACCUCCUCCCCUCCCUCCCUCUCUCCCAUCGACCUGGAGACCCAGGAGAGGAUCAAGACAGAGAGGAAGAAACUGCGGAACCGGAUCGCGGCGUCCAAGUGUCGCAAGAGGAAGCUGGAGCGGAUCUCCAGGCUGGAGGAGAAGGUAAAGGUCCUGAAGACCCAGAACUGUGACCUGACCUCCACCGCCUCGGUCCUGAGGGAACAGGUGGCCCAGCUCAAACAGAAAGUCAUGAAUCACGUCACCAACGGCUGCCAGAUAGCGGUCAGCUCAGCGGCCCUGCCGGCCAAGAGCACCGGGGAGAGGGACAGCACCAGCUGCUGAUUAAGGGACUGUACAGGGAUGAAGAGGGUGUUUUUCUGUUGCUCUGAAUCAGUCCCCUAUAAAGGAAGUAGUCCCUCUACUGUACAGGGAUGAGCAGUGUUGUGAUGGUAAGUGAAAUACGCUAACUACGUGAGGGGUGGGGGGGGAGAAGGGAGAAUCCCACCUCUCUAACCUCUACAGACAAUUUGAGUUGUAGUAGUAACACAACAAGAGAAGUACCAACGGGACAUUUGACUUUUAUUUUGCUGCAGCCCCGAGAGUGACCAAAGUACCUCUGCUCAAUAGGAGAGUACCAGACUGAGGACUGUGCUCUAGAACACUGAACCAGGUAACCAUAGGAGAGGGAGGAGCGGAGGACAUUGUACGUCUAGUAUAUAGUUCAGGAGGUAUUGUGGUAAACAGGAAUUUUUAUAACUG